CUACUAGUCUCAAAUUGACCAUGAACUGGCUGGCCCUGCCAAUGCCCUACCAUCUGGGUAGCAGUGACCUCUACCCCCACACUGGUAACCCCCCUGAGGUCACCUACAGGAAACCAUGGAGCAGAGGGAAUGUGAUUUCCAACUGCAAACUGUUUGUCAGUGGAUCUGUACUAGAUGACUUGGGCAUUAAAGGACAACCAACAUACUCUCUUGAGAAGUUGAGUGUUAGUCUGACCCAGAUGAGAGUGGAUCUUCUGGAGGUGAUACCGAGCUCCAACCCUAACUCGCAGCUUGACUUAGAUAGAGAUGAAGCAGCGUGGGUCCUGCGAGAGGCUAGGAAGGACAAGGGACACUUUGUCUGUAAUGAAUCCUUUAGCAAGAGCACAGGAGAGAAAAUGAGCCCAAGACAUCAGCGUGAUGAUCUUGUCAUGCCAGAGGAAGUUCUGUUUGUUGAUCACUUGCCACAGUUCAGGAAACAUCUGCCCUCCAUGAAAGCCAAGUUGUCCAGACUGAGGAAUCUGCCUGUGUCAGAUCCUCUUCUCAGCUCCACUGGAGGCACCCUGUCAGAGGAAGCUAUAUUCAGGCACUGUGUGGCCUAUGAGGUACCCCUUGAUGCAGAGACGGAAAGCUCAGAAACCUGUUCAAACACUGACGAGGACUUUAGCAAAGAGUCGUUGUUGAAUGAAGAGUCUCUGAUGUUACCUGUUGAAAUGGACACCUGCACACCCAGGAGGGAAGAUUGCCUCCCUUUUUCAAAUAUUCCUAAACUAUUGAAUGUUGUACCUGAAUUGAUAGAGGAGCGAACCUCUUGCCUGGAUAUGCUCACUAAAGCAACUCCCCCAGAUGCACUGGAGUCAGUAGACAUAUCCCAGUUUGAAGUGCCAAGGCUGCCAGUCAAUGACUCUCACUGUGAGAUUAAUGAAAUGCUGCUGGAUCUCAAGUCAUCAGAUCACUUGGUGUUGCCUACUCAGAUGGAGAUGGACCUACCCCUCACCCCCUCUACCAAGCCCAACCUGACCCAGCUCUGUCUGGCCUCCUCCCAACUCCCAGCUGAGCAGAUCUCUCCACUCUAUAGAUAUUAUUUUGUGUCUGAGAAAGAUCAGGAGGAGAUGGAAGAGGCACUUUGGAGGGCAGAGAAGCACCUUGACUUGGUAGUGGGCUUUCUUUUGGCAGAGCCUCAGAAGUCAGAAUCCGUUGUGCAGCUCCAGCCUUUGACCGAAGUCUUAUUAGGGAUUGGUCGGGACAACUCUGUGAGACUCGAUGAAGGAAUGGAACUAUCACUUCUGGGAACAAACUCACCAGAACUGAUAGGGAUGUAUGGGAAUGGUUCCUCUGACUUCACUGAGAGUAUGAUGAUCUCAGACCAACCCCACCUUAUGGAGACAUUGAGCAGUAUGAUAGAGGACUUCACACUACUAUCACCCUGCCAGAUGGACAAUAUAUUGAGGGAAUCUGUAGAUGACUCUGAGUUGUCAGGCCCACCAAGUGAAAUCAAAUGCAGGUCUAUCCUGAAGAAUGCAACGCCCAUGGUUGUGCCGUAUCAUCAGGAGAGAGAGGGAGCUGGGAACACAGUCGUUUCAGCACCAGCUGUUGCCACUUCCCAGGAGAGAGGGAGGACCGGGAAUGUGGCCCUCACAGCCCAAGCAUCUACUUCUUCCCAAGAGAAAGAGAGAUCUGGGACUGUGGUCUUUUCAACGCAGGCUGUUUCAACUUCUCGUGAGAAAGAGAGAGCUGGGAGUAUGGCCAUCUCAGCAGCACAGGCUACCACCAAUACUUACCUGGAGAAGUUAAACCAUGCCGUUAGACAGGCUACCACCAAUACUUACCUGGAGAAGUUAAACCAUGCCGUUAGACCUCAGAAGAAGGAGGGUUUACCUGACCAGAGAGCUAAUGUAUCCAAACUCCCAACCCCCAGACCCAGUGUGAGAGACCGUCACAUGAGUCUCCCAGUGGCUAAACCUCAGAAGGACUUAGACCCUCUGUCCACUUUCAUGAUGUUAAGGGCCCAACAGAGAACCUACGUCUCGGUGUUGCCUCAGAACCAUACAAGCACCCCAGUGGCACAGGUGGAGCAGCAGACACCACAACCACCUACGACAGAAAUGAGGCCUGGCUUCGAUGUAAAGCCUGUUGCCUAUGCAGUCACAGGAAAUGACAUCAGCGACCCUGAGGAAAUCAUUCAGCCUGUCCCUGAGGACAGACAUAACAGCAAAGUCAUACACGUCCAAGCCACAGAGAGUCAGUUCUGGGCGUACAGAGAGCUGCAGGCGUUUGCUCUGCCCUGCCUGUCCAGAGCCAGGGAGUUGGGACUGACCAACACAGCCUGUGGAGACUACAGCACCCUGUACCCGGACCACACACGUUUCCUACUGAAACAGCAGGAGAAGGAGCUCAGCAUUCGACAGGGCCAGGACCCAGAGGCUUUGUUUAACUAUGUGGCACUGAUACAUGUCCUUGUGACAGUGAAGGACCUGCUCUUCAAGUGUGACCUUAGCACUGCAGUGGAGUACCUAUCCAAGGCCAUAGAGGCCUGCGCGGGGCAGAGUCUGGACAAGCUGGUGAGAAAGCUGGAGAUUAUUCUAUAUCUCAGUCAGAAAAAACAAGAGGCCAACCCUAAGAUACUGGAACUGCAGGAACAGCUGACCACAUGGGUGCAGAGCAAGAGCAAAGGGGUCCAAAACUCCAAUGUUCUGGUGAUAAUAACAAUGGACUUGGACUGUGCCAGAGCUAUGCUCAUUAAAGCCCUGAGCCAAGUCACAGGUGAUACUGUAGCUGCACUGUAUCCUGAGGAGAGUCGAAGUAAGCUGGAGGGUUCGAAAGUUCUAGAUAGGCGACCUGCAGCGUAG